GCAUCACCACGCAAUAUGCCGUGUGUCCCACCCCCUUCUGGUCAGCGAGUCUCCAUCAAGAUUCAAUACCCUGCCUUUGGCACAUGGCCGAUCUGAUCCUUAGGGGUUGUCGUUUGUUCCUCGCCAUCCCUUUUGCCAUUGAUACCUCAUAACUUAGCCAACCAAACCUCACUCACUCACCCUCGUCUCUCUUUUCUUCCUCUCGAGCGUUCUAUCCGACUCUCUCUUGUCCAUACCGAAACCUCCACCCACCACAUAAUUAAUACAUCCUCAUUAUGCAGCCUCCUAUCAAGAACAAGCGCCCUUUGACCAACAUCUGCUGUGUCGGCGCAGGUUACGUUGGUGGCCCUAGUGCAGCGGUGAUUGCCAGCAAAGCACCACAUCUAAAGGUCACGGUGGUCGACGUUGACGCCCGUCGUAUCGAGGCAUGGAACUCAGACAACCUUCCUGUCUACGAGCCUGGUCUAUGGGAUCUCGUCAAGCCUGCCAGAGAUGGAACUCCUGACCGACCGGCCAACUUGUUCUUUUCCACAAACAUUGAACAAAAGGUCCGAGAAGCUGACAUCGUCUUUAUUGGUGUUAACACCCCAACCAAAAAGACUGGUCUGGGUGCCGGCAAGGCCUCAGAUCUAGGUUGGUUGGAGGCCGCCACUAGACGAGUGGCUCAAGCCGCUGAGAAGGACACCAUCAUCGUCGAGAAGAGCACAGUCCCUUGUGGCACUGCUAACAGCAUGCGGGAAAUCCUCAUGGCCAAUGCGCAACCUGGCGUCCACUUUGAAGUCUUGUCCAACCCCGAGUUUCUCGCAGAAGGAACUGCCAUCAAGAAUCUUCUCAACCCUGAUCGUAUUCUGGUCGGCUGUCUGGAGACUCAGUCUGGUUAUAUUGCUUCCGCCGGGCUGGUCGACAUCUAUGCCAACUGGGUUCCAAGAGAAAGGAUCAUCACCAUGAACCUUUGGUCGUCAGAAUUGUCAAAACUUGCGGCCAACGCCAUGCUGGCGCAGAGAAUUUCCAGCAUCAACGCCCUGUCAUCCAUCUGUGAGGCUGUCUCGGCCAACGUUCAAGACGUCGCUUAUGCUGUGGGUCUCGACAGCCGAAUUGGCCCCAAAAUGAUGAAUGCCUCGGUCGGCUUCGGCGGAAGUUGUUUCAAGAAGGACAUUUUGAACUUGGUCUACAUUUCCGAAUCAUUGAAUCUGCCCGAAGUAGCAGCCUACUGGCAGGCUGUGGUCUCGGUCAACGAAUACCAAAAGAACCGAUUCGUCCGCGGCAUUGUCAAGUCCAUGCACAACAAUCUAGUGGGCAAGAAGCUCGCCAUCCUCGGCUUUGCAUACAAGAAAGACACCGGUGACACUCGAGAGAGCGCAGCCAUUGACGUGGUCAACUCACUGUUGGCCGAGAAUGCCACCAUCCACAUCUUCGACCCUCAGGUUCGCCCAGAACAAAUCAUGUCAGAUCUCCACCUGACCAUGGACGAUGACCGCGUCACCAUCUGCGAUGACCCAUAUAUCGCCUGUCAAGAUGCCCACGGUGUCGUCAUCUUGACCGAAUGGGAUAUGUUCACUACCAAGAAACCCAUCAUUCGUGCAGGAGCUGCCAAGAAGGCUGAAGCCAUCGUCCAAGUCGCCGAGAUCAUCGACACACCCACGGAGGAGAAGGAGAUCAUCCUCGAUGCCCCCGCCGUCGCCGACGUGACAGUUGACACCGCCACAACCACAACCACCACACUCAUCACACCGCCCGUCUCACCACCUCGAGAUGCCCGGGACGCCGAACCUAAGACGCCCAAGCACGAGAAAAUCGACUGGUCACGCGUGGCCAGCCUUAUGGACCGACCCAAAUACGUCUUCGAUGGCCGCAACACCAUUGACGUCGCACAAUUAGAAUCAUUGGGAUUCAAGGUCUCAUCGAUUGGUGUGUCAUCUCGCACCUUGUAAGAUACGUUAGAGUGGGUGGUGGUGGUGGUGGUGGUGGUGGUGGUGGUUGUUAGGUUUGAUGACGGAAUAGACUCGUGAUCUGUGCGUUUUCUACGAGACGGAGCCGAGCGGCGGAUCCCCGUCACACUUACAUGGGGACAACUCGUAUAUCGAGUGGAUUAGGGUUUAUAUUACCAGGAGGCGUUUUUACCCCAGGCGUGGGGGAUUGGCAUUCGGGUUUUCCGAUGGGAAGUUUAUUAUGUAUGCCUCGGGUUUGUCAAGCCCGGCAGGGGGUGAAUGAACGGUCAGCCAGACACGAAGUGCAAUACAACUGCACUGUCCUAGCUGUGUCUAUCUUUCGCUCGGGGAUCCGGGACAUAUGGGAUGGGGACCGGUUGAGUUUCUUAAACAGCUGCUAUUUGGCACAGGAGCCACUAGAGGAAGGGAAGAUUUUACAUGAAUUGACUAAGAAAAUAUACCUCAUGCUAAUAUACACCAUUCUUUCUGUA